GUUGCGUCUCUCAUUCAGUUUAAUCCAGAAGGACCAGUCAGACUCCCUGCACACACACACACACACACACACAUACAUACAUACAUACACACACACAUACUUACCAGCACGGACAGCUGCAGAACCGACCAAGCAACCAUGGCUGUACGGGACGCUGCCUCUCCGCUCGUCGGACUUGUGGUCCUCUUCUUCACCUGGGGAGCGUGGGCCAAUGUGGAGGUGAACAUGGAGGGAAGAGUGGAGGUGUACAGGGGACAAACAGCUCAGAUCGCCUGUAUGUUCUUAUCGUCGGAUGACAUCGGCGGGUUGACCAUAAAGUGGUACUAUGUGACACGGUCGGGUGAGAAGCAGAAAAUUAUCUACCAGGACUCCACCAUGGUAAAAGUGGAACAAGGCACAGUGUUCACAGACCGGAUCCGUGUGAAUGGUACUGGAGCCACUGGACAGGUGGUGUUGAGUAUCAGCAAUGUGCAGGUGCACGACGAAGCGGAAUUCAUCUGUACCAUCGGAAAUCUAACAGACGGAACCGGGGAGGGACGCACAAAGCUGAAGGUGUUUGAAAUACCGGACAAUCCUACCAUUGAGGCUGUAGAGACAGGGAUCUCCAUCAACGAAAACAGCCUAUCAAAGAUUGGCGCAUGUCAGGUCAAAAAUGGCUUCCCUAAGCCAAACAUCACUUGGUACAGAAACGACACGCCACUGCGCAAUGUUCUCGAUGAGGUGAAAGUACAGACGAGCACCACAAUUGAAUCCAGUCACCUGUUCUCAGUUAAUAGUGAGCUGAGCUUGAAGGUGGUGAAGGAGCACAAAGAUGAUCUGUUCUACUGUCAGAUCACCUACUUUGUUCCUGGAGGACUCAAGAUGACCGAGACCGACCGUAUUAACGUCACUGUAUUAUACCCCUCUACGGCUGUAAAUGUUUGGGUGGAGUCACCAAAGGGCAAAAUCAAGGAAGGGGACACGAUCGAGCUACAUUGCCAUGGCAACGGGAAUAAUCCAUAUGAAAUUACAAUCAAACAUUUAAAAAGUGGAAAGAGUUGGGACACUGAGAUGUUGGUGCUGAAAAAUGUGACCCUUCUAAACAGUGGAGUUUACCAGUGUACCUCUCUGGACAUGGAAACCUAUCAAGAUAUCUCAGGAAAUACCUCUGUGUUUGUCAACUUUCUCCAUCCUGCUGAGGUGAAGCCAGAAGGCCCUCAUGUGAUGGCUCAAGGAGACGAGCUGACAGCCACCUGCAACGCCCUCUCUUCUCUCCAGACACACACAGCCUGGUUUAAGAACGGAAAGGAGGUUUCAAAGGACCACACUUUGAUGCUGAAGGACGCUAUGUUUGACACAGCGGGGGAGUAUGUGUGUGUGGUGACUGUUCCUGAGAUUGAGGGAAUGGAAACCAGUAGGACACUUCUUGUUUAUGUCCAGGGCCAACCAAAGAUCAUGGAGCCAGAGAACACUGAGAUGGAGAAUGUUGAGGAGACAGUCAACCUGACCUGCAAUGCCAGAGGUUUCCCUGCUCCCAAGAUUAUCUGGACCACCUCUGAUGGGGAGGUCCUCCAUGCAUCGCAAAGGGAGACUGAGGAGGGCGUUCACAGUGUGGUCACUGUCAAGGUCACCUCUGACAUCACUGUUUUCUGCAAUGCCUCCAACGAGCACGGUACAGACGGGGUGACCUUCAACAUCAAAGCCACUAAUAUCACCACCACCAUCACACCAGCGCCCAACACCACCACCACACCAGACCCCAACACCACCACCACACCAGACCCCAACACCACGUCCACCACGUCCACCACGUCCACCAUCACUUCUACUAUUACCCCUACUAUUAGCAUUUCCUCUUCCACAGUCAAAGCCGAAACAGCUUUACCACCAAAGAAAAUCAAAAAAGAGGGCAGAGGUGUUAUCAUUGCAGUCAUCAUUAUCUGCAUCUUGCUGCUGGCCAUCUUGGGGAGUGUGCUCUACUUCCUCUACAAAAAGGGCAAGAUCUGUGGCCGAUCUGGCAAGCAAGACCUCACCAAAGAGAAGUCCAACAAAGAUAACAUUGUGGUGGAGAUGAAGAGCGACAACACAGAGGAAGCCGUGCUCCUCGGGGUCAACGGAGAAAAGCAACCUCCCAGUGACCAGUAAACGGCGGUGAGUAGCUGGACGUGCAGAAGUGAGGCGGUGACUGCAGACGCAACAACAAGCUGCUCCUGUUCUUCCCUCUCAGGCUCAGACCAGCCAAUGCCUUCAAGCUUCCACCGCAGCUCCUUAUCCCAGAGUUAUGUCACAGAGAAAAUCUCAGCUGUCAGUUAACAACACGACGGACAGCCGAGACUCAAAUUAUUGCAAGCUUCAGCUUUUGCUUACCGUCCUUUACAUCCCAGCACAUUUCUGUUGGAAUGCAACCCCGAGCUUUAAAAGAGAAAUGAUUAGAGCGCUCUGUGACGUAACUCUACUAACAAAUCUUUAGCCUUCAAAUCAAGGACUAUCCUUUGCCUGUAGUUCUCAUAACCACGAGCCUUGUAUACUGCUGAUUGUCCAUAGAACAUUAAUUAGAGCACAACACUGACCAGGGACUGUUUUUAUAUCCAACUAAGCAUCACCUCAGGCAAAGCAAUCACUGAAGAGCAGCCUGAAAUAGCUCUUUAUCAAGUGUACAUAUUAUAAUCUAUGUAUAUAUUUCUUUAUUUAAAAUAACACCAUUGAAAAAAAAAAAACUACCAAAAAUAAUUGAGCAGAUAGGAUUUUAUUUUGUUUUGGUCUUUAUGGAGUUUAGUUAGAUGUCUUGUUGUGAUUUUUUAAAAUAGUUUUGUCUAUGUUUCCUGUUUAGCUGAAGUCUGUACACUGAAUUUUUUGGGCAUGCAACGAUGCUUCCCUUUACAGCCAGUUACAGCCUUCACCAAAAAUGUUGCCUUUUUAGCUCUGAAAAUAAACUUAGGGGUCAUUUAAUCACAUAUCAUUCACUUUUGUAGUUCUUCUCUUCUCUACAGCUUACAGUAGUUUUUACACUCCCCAGUUUGUGUGUUUUAAAGAAGAUAUUUUUGCGAGACGGGUGAAAAGUCUGUUCGAUAUUUGACCUAAAAAGGUUAACAUUAUUUGCUGUUUUCUUUACUUUGAUAUAUAUGUGUGUGUGUGUGUUUGGGUUUAAGAAUUGCCAACAGUCUAGUUAAAAGGUUACAGAUGCCUUAGAAAUUUGAUCAGAACCUAUAGAAAUAUCAGCAACGUUUUAUAUGCUUAGUUGUUUAUAUUUAAUGUUCAGUGCACUGAUUUCUUUGUGGUUACUCUUCAUGCAGUUUUGUUUCUCUAAUGUGAAACAGUUGUUUUGUUUAAUGUGACUUUAUGUGAAAGAAAUGCAAUUCUGUUGCUAUUUUUUUAUUUCUUUAAGAGGAAGGAUGAGGGUAAAACAGAUUAUUGGUCCAUAAAUAUGGUUCACGGCAUGAAGUUGCCCUCUUUAAAAAAAAGAAAACACAUGUUUCUGUUUAAUGAAUGAAAUAAUUCAUGUGUGACUGAAACUUGAAAUAAUCUGUUGGAUCCCAAAGAGACACAGAAUCCCCAUCAGACAUAACGACGAGUGACUUGGUAACUACAGUAUAUGACUACUGAGGAGGGGAGAAUGACUGUGACUCCACUUAUGCAAAAGACAUUUAUAGACAAUCAAUACGCUCAGUUGUGUGCAGGUAUGAUCCCUUCCUACCCUCUGUUAGUCUGUUGUUUUCUGCUGUUUGGAAGAACUACCACUGUUAAAUGGUUUUGGGUGUUUGAAAUCUAUUAAAUGCCUUUUAAUGCCUUGGAGUUGUAAAAUGUAAAAUGAGUGUCAUUCACUGAUUAUAUUCAAACCAAUUUACCAACAAAUUCAUUGUUUGUAGUUUUUGCAAAUUAUACCAAAUAAAGAUUGACUGUUAAAUGAAAA